GUCACAACAGCUUAAAAUGAUGCCUGUGUCCCAGCCAGUGCGUGCUAAGAGUUUGUUACGCGCAAACUUGGAAAAUUCUCGCGGGCAAUUUUUGCAAAGCAGAAUGCCAAAUAUCAAAGUCUUCAGUGGCACAUCACAUCCAGAUUUGGCUCAACGUAUCGUCGACAGGCUCGGUAUCGACAUUGGAAAAGUUGUCACCAAGAAAUUUAGCAACCUCGAAACAUGUGUGGAAAUAGGAGAAUCAGUACGAGGAGAAGAUGUAUACAUUGUACAAAGUGGAAGCGGAGAAGUAAAUGACAAUUUGAUGGAAUUAUUGAUUAUGAUCAAUGCUUGUAAAAUUGCUUCUGCAUCUAGAGUAACUGCUGUAAUUCCUUGUUUUCCAUAUGCGAGACAAGAUAAGAAGGAUAAGGGUGGUGAUGGAGGUGACAACUCAAAUUCUAAGAAACAAAUUGUCAUGAAGUCAAACGAAUGGAAAUUCAGGAGUCGUGCACCUAUUUCGGCGAAAUUAGUAGCAAACAUGCUAUCAGUAGCAGGAGCUGAUCACAUAAUUACAAUGGAUUUGCAUGCUAGUCAAAUUCAAGGUUUUUUCGACAUUCCAGUUGACAAUUUAUUUGCUGAACCUGCUGUUCUUAAAUGGAUCAAAGAAAAUAUUGUUGAAUGGCGAAAUAGCAUUAUCGUUUCUCCAGAUGCUGGCGGUGCUAAAAGGGUAACAUCUAUCGCCGAUCGAUUAAAUGUUGAAUUUGCGCUUAUACACAAAGAAAGAAAGAAAGCAAAUGAAGUUGCUAGUAUGGUAUUAGUUGGAGAUGUAAAAGAUAGAGUUGCUAUUCUAGUAGAUGAUAUGGCUGAUACUUGUGGCACUAUAUGUCACGCGGCUGAAAAACUUCUGGAAGCCGGAGCAACGAAAGUAUAUGCAAUUUUAACACAUGGAAUCUUUAGUGGUCCGGCUAUUAGCAGAAUUAAUAAUGCAUGCUUUGAAGCUGUGGUAGUUACAAAUACUAUUCCUCAAGAUGGUCAUAUGAAGGAUUGCCCAAAGAUACAAUGUAUCGAUGUAUCGAUGAUGUUUGCUGAGGCUGUAAGGCGGACUCACAAUGGUGAAUCCGUAUCGUACCUGUUUUCAAAUGUACCGUAUUAGAUAAACAUUUUCCUAACAAUGACCUCUGUCAAACCAUGUAAGGAGAAUGUAAUCUUUUUACAUCUCUUAUUUUUAGUUUAGUUUAAUCCGUUUGCCUAUAAGCGCAAACUUGGGAUCAAUACUAAUGUCCCAGUUUUUUAAUUUGAAAACUAUACAUACUCCUUUCUUUGAUAGAUGAUGUGUGUAGAAAAUGAGACUUUAGAUGGAUAAAUCAUACUGUACUGUCCAUUUAAAAGAAAAAAAGAAAAAAUAUAAGUUGAUAACUAAUAGAUGCCAUCAAUUAGCUUCAGAGUAAAAUCCGUUAAAAGUAAUUGAAUUGUCGCUAGGCUGCUAUUUAUUAUGCAGAAUACAUUGUUAUUUUGUUUAGGAUACAGAUAUCGCAUUGUUUGACCCAAAUUGUGCAUUGUUAGAGAAACAUCUGUUACUUUCAUAUACAAUGCUACUACAUUAAUCCUAACAAUGGUACAUAACUCGGA